AUGGGAGGCAUCGGUGCGCACUGCAUCGAAGACUUUCGCACGCUGCAAAUGUUCGUGGAGGCCCCUUCCAUGUACAAGGAGACGUUCAAGCUUCACUGCGUGGAGAAGUGCUUUCCAGACCACGGUGUGAGGCGACCCGUAGAGAUUGUGCUCUUCGAUUUCGAUGAGACUCUGACCUUGGCGACAUUCAUGCCUUCAAUGAGCUCCUUCUCACGUGUCGACUGGGAUCCUGGCGAAUUGUCAGGGACGGACUGGAGCGCUGAGGAGCUGGUGCUCUACAGCUUCGAGUCGCCUUUCUCGGAGGGCUGCAGACUGGCGCUGUUGAGGGCCAUGCUCCAGGAUAUCUCCAAGCGGCACAUCUUGGCCGUGCUCUCGAAAAAUGAGAGCGGUGCGGCCGCGGUCUUGAACCUGCUGAAACUGGCGGGUCUUGCAAAAUACUUCAGUGCCAUUUGGACUACGCCUUACCGGUCGCUCGUUCCUUGCGCCGUGUACCAAGCUUCACCUGGACAGUGGGAGGUGUUUGAGCCCCCAUUGAUGGACAUCCAGGAUCACCAGACGGAGGUGCUGUACCACAUAGUGGAGCACACCGACAAGUGGUUCCCCCAAAUUGGGCUGAAGCAGGACCGCUACAUACGGCUGCAGCCGCUGUCGCCUGAAUCGGUCAUCCUCGUAGACGACGAGCGUGAAAAUCUGCAGAGCCCACUUGGAAAGCAGGCGCUGCGCUAUUGCAAAGUGGCCCGGUAUGAUGAAGUCUACCGAAGCUGCGGCCCGCUGAACCAGUUGGGCGGCAUCGGUGCACACAGCGAGGAAGACUUCGAGACUCUCAGGGCGUUCAUCGCCGAGCCCUGGGCCUUCCAGGAGCCGAGAUUUGAGAAGGAGCAGGGUGAGGAGGUGGCCGACCCUCAGCUGGAGUUGCUUGCAGUUUCUGUGUACCAGUAG